AUGGAGAAGGAUCACGCUGAGGACGAUUUGCGAACAAUCGUAUUGAUCUCAAAAUCAGGUGGGCGAAACGUGGUUCCCAGGGCCUCAUUUCUGCAGACCAGCGAUUAUUACCAAGCCCUGGUCAAUAGUGGAAUGAAAGAUGCACACCUCAAUGAACUUCCAUUGGGAUACCUUUCCAAUGUCUGCUUGAAAGAAGUUAGAGAUUUUGUAUCAAAAUUUCAAUGCAACAAAGAAAAAAUUAAAAUCAAGCUCCCAAAGAGGAAACAAUUGAAAAAUGUAGAGGAGGGUUUGAAAGGUGCGUCCUAUUUGCAAAUUAUGGGCAUGACGAGUUCAUAUAUAGAAUAUCUUUUGAAACAUUUGAAUGACUCUUCGUAUACACGUCUUUUCGAUUUUUCACAAACGUACGCUCUUGUAGAGGUGAUCGAAAAAAUUUAUGACUUUGCUUUGAAAAAUUUCAAAAAAAUUGCAAAGUGUCCCGAAAUAAUGCCAUUUGACGUUUUGCACCAUUUGGUUAAAUCAGAGAUUGUCAAUGCGGACGGCGAGUUUGAUAUUUUUAAAUUAAUCAUUGAUUGGAUUUUUGCUGAAGACUCAAGAAGACCGUGUGCAGAAAUGUUAUUAAAAGAAAUCAGAUUCAACUUGAUGUCGACUACAGAAAAACAAAAAAGUGCUGACCUGCUCAAUAAAAUGGAAUUAAAUGUUUCUUUAACAGGAAAAAGUGCAAAUCGUUACCACACUUCUGGCACGUUAUUUGCAUUCGUGUUGGAUCCAGAAAAUUUGGGUCAAAGAUAUAUGGAAGGGUACUCACUAUCCCUGUUCGAUUUCGUUAAAAGUUGUGGCAAUAGAAACAGCACAACACCACCUGAUGUCAGGUUCAAACUGACCGACGAGAGAGGUCCCCCUGUUGAUUACGAAGAUUGUCAAUUAUGUUUUCUCAAUAAUGUCUUGUAUAUGAUUGGAGAGAAAUAUGAAAAGUGGCAAUAUAAGAAAACUUUUGCUUACGAUUUGACAUCUUCCAAAUGGUCAAGGUUGUCUGACAUGAUGGUCGGAAGAAAUGACUUUUAUUUUGGUAAUGUAAACGGUCAGUUGUACGUAGUUGCUGGUUCACUAAGUUCGGGAGCAGUUGAAAAGUACAUCCCAGAGGAAAACAGGUGGUACAUGUUGGCUCGAUUGCCAGUUCCCGUUUCUAACCUGGCAGGUUGUGUAUAUAAUGGGAAGUUAUAUGUCAGUGGCGGAAUCCAUACUUUUACUGAUAAAAGAGAAAAGCGGAUGUGGCAGUACGAUCCUGCAUCAGACAGUUGGAAUGAACAACCUUCAAUGUUGAAGAAGCGUUAUGGCCACGUUUUGGCCAGCGUUGGAAACGCGCUCUUUGCAGUUGGCGGCGCGAACGAAAGAGCUUCAACGAAAGGAGAGAUGUAUGAUUUUGCUACUGGCCAGUGGUCCAUUGUGAUGAAGUUAAAGUUGCCUGUGAUUCAUUCUCCAUCCUUCCUCUUCAGCAACUGCCUUUAUACUGUAGCACAGCAUUAUACUGAAUCCGGUACUGAUGAAAUUUAUUUACAAAGAAUCAACUUGAGCAAGUAUCUGAAUGAUAAGAGUUCAUUAUCAACAUCAUCAUCAUCAAAUGCAUCGCACGCGUUGCCUCGUCAAGAUAUCAGAGCUGAUGAUUAUGCAACAAAUAAUAGACGGAAGAAUUUAACAUCUGACAAUUUUAAUGAUAGAGUUGAUGGUUUUGAGGACAUGGAUGAUGUUUUUGAUACUACCAGUGAUGAGGAAAAGAAAGAUGGUGACGUCAUAAAUUAUUUUCAUUAUAAGUUUGAUGAUAACGUUGAUAAAAAUGACGACAAAGCAAAUAUUGAUGAAGAAACUGAUGAUGUUGUUGUCGAUGCUGCAGAAGAUGAGGAUGAUGUCAUUUUUGAAAACGACGAUGAUGAUUAUAUUCUGGCUACAUUCGACUUUACCAAUGCUUUUAUUAACGACGAUGAUGACGGUGAUUGUCAAAUUUUCAAGUGCAAAACGGGUAGCGUGUGUUCAAACGUUGCUUAUAUCGGCAUCGUCAACACGUCAACAGAUGUUUGA